CUUUUCAACAACAUGUCGGAAAGUGGUUGUGCAUAGUGAACUCUUAAAAUAUUUAAUCCUUAGUAAAUACUAGUAGAUUUCCUUAAAUAUACCACUUUUGGUUUAUAAUUAAUGAUUAGCAUUAAUGUAAUAAGAAACUUUCAUAGAAACUAGUAAGUUGGUCCAAGUUUUAUCUGAGUCUGUGUGUAGUUCGUGGUUGUUUGUGUUUGUGAGGGUGAUGAACAAAUGGAUGAAGUGAAAAUGUGGUAGCGGACGACUGAAGCUUUGAAAGGAGAAAAAGUAUCUUAAAAUACUAGAUUGUUUUUAAAAGAUAAUGUCUGGUGCGUCUGGUUCAGGGAGUGGAGCGGGACGCGGCCGGGGCUCCAGUGCUGUAGCGGACAACAAAGAAAAAGAAAAUAAACCCAAUCCUAAAAUGUCGAAAGCCCUGGGUACAUCGGCAAAGAGGAUCCAGAAGGAACUAGCAGAGAUCACACUAGACCCCCCUCCAAACUGCAGUGCGGGCCCAAAAGGAGACAAUUUGUAUGAAUGGGUGUCAACUAUUCUUGGACCACCUGGAUCAGUAUAUGAAGGAGGUGUUUUCUUCCUUGACAUACAUUUCUCACCAGAAUACCCUUUCAAACCUCCUAAGGUGACAUUCCGGACUAGGAUAUACCACUGUAACAUCAACAGCCAGGGAGUGAUAUGCCUGGACAUACUCAAGGACAACUGGUCCCCCGCACUCACCAUUUCUAAAGUCUUACUAUCUAUUUGUUCCUUGCUCACUGAUUGCAAUCCAGCGGACCCGUUGGUUGGCAGCAUUGCGACACAGUAUCUGCAGAACCGCGAGGAGCACGACCGCAUCGCGCGCCUGUGGACCAAGCGCUACGCGACAUGAUCGCCCUGCCACGCCCGCUCAUACUCAGCCCAUACCAUUCUGUUCUCAAAAUCAACCCUCCACAUUAAUAUAAGCUUAAAAUGUUAACAACCCGUUUUGCAUAAUUAUCUGCGUCACGACGCGAUUCCUGACUGUAAAGUUCGCAAUGUGCGUGUUUCUUAUUACGGCUUAUCAAUUUUUUUUUGCAAUUUAAUGUGAUGUAAUAAAAAGCAUAAGUGUCCAAAACAUGAAUGUAGGACUUAUUUACUAAAUGAUCUUUUUUCUGUUAAUUGUUUCUUGUGUAUGAAUACUGAAUAAUUUUCUUAAUGAAUUCGUAAUUUUAGGUUUUACCAGUGAAUUUGAGUCAAUUUUCCGCGAUAAUGCGAUGAUCUCAGACACUUUGUACUGUUACUGCUUAUGUGCUGUCGGACUAUUUCUGGACGACUUCUAUGUUAUAAAUUAAUAAUAAAUCGUAGAUUAUCUCUA